UGGCCCAGCAAGUUUUGAUUUGAAUUGUAUUCGAUUUGGGUAAAGAACCUAUGUUGUGUGGCGCUCCAAUGCUAAUCGUCUGCACAAACACAUCAGACAAACGACCUGCACUUGUCCGCAUCACCAGACACAGUCGACUUCCUGCUCCACUCUGCAAAAUGAACGUCAGCCGAGAGCAGCCGCUACAACCAAGGGAAUCAGAAGGAUAACAGACCACUCCUAAACAAGGGAUUGUGUGUCCGAGGAAAACAAAAGCCAGUCAAGGUGUUGUGGUGUGCACGUUACCCAAGGUGUAAGUUACUGCAGUGGCUGAAGAACAGGAUAUAUAGACUAGCUGUUGGGAGGCGCUUCCUUUGCGGUAUAGAAGGCUGGGUGUAAACUAAGCACAACAUGGCUCGGGUCCUGUGUCCUCUCUAUCUUAUGUUGCUGUCCACAAUAACCGGAGGGUUGGUGGAGCAGUGUAGAGAGGGAGCCACCUUCCCUGACGCCAUCAUUUCCCCCAACUUGAAGACCACUCAAAUCCUGAGGGUCCCCCAUGCUCUCUCUGUGUUGGACUGCACUGCUGCAUGCUGCAACCUUCCCGGCUGUGAUCUGGCCUGGCUGUUUGAAAACCACUGCUACAUAGUUAACUGCCAGCAGAAGGAUAGCUGUGAGCCCAAGAAGAGGACCUCUGUGGAUUCCUACCUGACCUUUGUGCAGCGGACCUCUCCUGAGACACUGGCAUUGCAGUCUUUGGUGCGUGGCAGGCUUCACUCCCAGCACAGUAGUCAAGGAGAUCCCUCUGCUUCAGUGGAGGACAUAAGCAACCUGAUAGACUACAACUUGUUUGCCAGGGAUCAGAGUUUUGAGCAGCCUCCGCUGGUGGGAGAAUACCCAGAGGACUUCAGGCCCUUAGGGUCAGAGGGCAGCUUUCUCAACCCCAAGUUGGAACAGAAGGAGAGUUCUGGGUUAAUGCACUGGCAGUUGGCGACUAGUAAGGAUAACUUCAGUCUCUCGUCAGGGGAGACUGGAGAGAGCGAGGAGGAAUUAUUAGACCUUCAGAAUGGAAUCAUCCUUCAGAACAACUCACAGAUGAGGAAGCAGGAAGGGGUCGAGGGGAGACAAGUAAAAGCCCCUGAGUCUGUCUCGGUUUCCUUGGAGAAGAGCAACACUGUGUCUUUACCUGGAAUUGUAAAUGAUUCUGUCCCUUUGCAUAAUAUCUCAUUGACAAGCACAGAAAUUACACCCACAACCAAGGCUAGCCGAGUACUGUAUACCACCCAGAAAAAAGACUUGGUUACUACACUGCCUGCAAGCACAGAGCCUGCUAAGCCUACCACCGCAAAACCAACCAUAGCCACCACCAGCACUCUUCAACCAGUGAAGGGGCUUGUUGUGUCAGCUGGAGACAAUGUAGAGGUGAUUCUUCCCAAGAAUGAAGUGGAGCUGAAUGCCUUUGUAGUCCCUGCCCCACCAAAAGAAACAUUCUACAGCUACGAAUGGAGUUUGAUCAGCCACCCGGCUAACUAUGAGGGUGAAAUGGAGAGCAAGCACACCAAGUCUCUGAAGCUCUCUCGACUCUCGCCAGGUCUUUAUAUCUUUAAAGUUACUGUGAGUGGGGAUAACUCCUAUGGAGAAAGCUUUGUUAAUGUCACUGUAAAACCUGCAGCGAGAGUCAACAAGCCACCUACUGCCAUUGCUUCCCCCAGGACACAGGACGUUUCCCUGCCUACCUCAUCCACGUUCAUUGAUGGCAGCCAAAGCACUGAUGAUGAUAAAAUUGUGAGCUAUCAUUGGGAGGAGAUCAAGGGGCCACUUCGUGAGCACAAAGCCUCAGCUGACUCUCCUGUCCUGCACCUGUUAGACUUAGUGCCUGGAAACUAUACCUUCAGACUACCCCUGACGUUUGAGAACUCUACCACUGCGAUGGUCACAGUGAACAAGCCUGUGGAUUACCCGCCAGUGGCCAGCGCGGGUCCGAAUCAAGCCAUUACCCUGCCGCAUAAUUACAUCACACUCAAUGGGAACCAGAGCAGCGACGACCACAAGAUUGCCAGCUAUGAGUGGUCACUGAGCCCCAACAGCAAAGACAAGGUGGUGGCAAUGCAGGGAGUCAGGACUCAGUACCUGCAGCUGUCUGCUAUGCAAGAAGGGGAUUACACAUUCCAGCUGACAGUCACAGACUCCGCAGGACAGCAGGCUACUGCACAAGUCACAGUCAUUGUGCAGCCUGAGAAUAACAGUCCACCAGUAGCAGUGGUUGGCCCUGAUAAAGAGUUAACGUUUCCAGUAGAAAGCACUACACUGGAUGGCAGCAAGAGCACAGAUGACCAAGGCAUUGUGUUGUAUCAGUGGCAGAAUAUCAGUGGUCCAAGUGGUGUAAAGUUUGAAAAUGGUAACACACAGCUGGCCACUGUAAUAGGGCUUCAGAUCGGUACUUACCGGUUCAGAUUGACUGUGAAGGACCAGCAGGGACUGACCAGCUCAGCUGUGGCCACUGUCACAGUCAAGAAGGAAAGAAACAUUCCUCCUAUAGCCCAUGCUGGUGGAGGAACUGUUCUUGUCCUGCCCAAUAACUCUGUUGUUCUCAAUGGGUCCAAGUCUACAGAUGACCAGGGCAUUGUAUCCUACUUGUGGAUCAGAGACGGCCAAAGUCCUGCAGCUGGGGAUGUCUUGUACAGUUCAGACCAUGAAGCAGUGCUACAGCUUAUCAAUCUGGUGGAAGGAACUUACAUUUUCCAGUUGCUAGUGACUGAUGCCAAGGGUGAUUCCAGCACUGACACUGCUACGGUAGAAGUGCGUCCUGACCCUCGGAAGAAGGAUGUGGUGGAGAUGGAGCUCCAAGUUGGGGCCAGCCAGCUGACUGAACAGCAGAAAGACACUCUGGUGAGACAGCUGGCAGUGCUGCUCAACGUCUUGGAUUCAGACAUCAAAGUUCAAAAAAUACAAGCACAUUCUGAUUUAAGUACAGUCAUGAGUUUCUACGUGCUGAGUGGCCAGCAGGUGUUAAAGGGCAUGGAGCUGGCACGCACACUCCGCGGACAGCUCUUGAAGGAGAAGGCAGACUUUCUUAUGUGCAAAGUUCUGAGGGUUGACACUGCCCUUUGUCUACUUGUGUGUUCGGAUCAUGGGCACUGUGAUCCCAUCACCAAGCGAUGUGUGUGCUACCCUUUCUGGAUGGAGAAUCUGAUUCGGCGCUACUUUGGUGAUGGGGAGAGUAACUGUGAAUGGAGUGUGCUGUACGUUGUCGUUGCUACUUUUUUUGUACUCGUACUCAUAAUAGCAAUUAGCUGGAUCUACAUCUGCUGCUGCAAAAGGAAGAGGCGAACGAAAGUAAAGAAGAAAAACAAAUACACAAUUCUUGACAACAUCGAUGAACAGGAAAGAAUGGAACCGAGGCCUAAAUAUGGUAUAAAGCACAGAAGCACAGAGCACAACUGUAGCCUGAUGAUGUCGGAGUCUGAGUUUGAAAGUGAGCAGGACACCAUCUUCACCCGGGAGAAGACCAGCAAAGGAAACCCCAAGAACGGUGUGAAUAGCCCUGUCAAAAAUGGAGAUGCCUUCAGUUACCGUCCCAAAGAUAGAUGUAACACCAUGUUACAAAAAUGAAUGAAGAGAAAUGUAUUUUACAUGUUAUUUUGUUUUGUUUUUCCCAGCAGUUUGGUUAAUUAGUCACUGGAUUAGUUCUAAAAGGAUUUUCAGAAUCAUAACAAAAAAGAGUUGUAUGUCUUGAUUGAAAUGCCUUCCCUUAAAUAGCAAACUGCCAUUUCAAGCCAAGCAUUUAAAUGAACAGACCACUUUUAUUACACAGCACAUAAAUGGGAAUGUAGAUACAAUUUUAUUAUUUUGUCAACCAUGGACACCUUGCUUACCAUAUUUCAAAGAUCAGUUCAUUGAGAUGUUUAUUAUCAAGUGGUGGAUCUAAUGAUUGUAAAUUGGUUCCACUCAGGCAAGCAAAGGCAGAAUUUUCUUUAAAAAAGGCACCACAGCAACUUCGACAAUGACUUCCCUUCGAGUAGCCUGAGUUGGAACUCAUCAGUAGAUGUGGUUUAUAGUUUCAAAUUUCUGUAAACGUUUGAUGUUUACAACAUUUGAUGUUAUAUGAAAAGGACUUGGUUGUAGAAGCAUUCUCUUCACAAGCAUAAACAGGAAUGGACCCGUCCUAUGAAUGUACUUCCCAUUGCUCUAUAGCAGCUAAAGGUGAAAUUGCUUUAUCAUUCAUAAUUCUUUAACUCCAUGACUCGGCAGUUGAUGCAUAGGUUAUUGAAGUGCUGCAUUUUUGUGACUAAAUACAUGAUGUCUUUGGAGCACUGUACAUUUGUAAGCCAUGGUUAUAUUUCUCUGCAGAAAACUGUUUUCUUGUUUUCCUCUGAAACAACUGCAUCAGUAAAAUACCUGUCAAUGAUGCAUGCAUUGCACAUUAUUAUAUUGCAGUAGACGCUCGCUAAUCUAAACCACUUGGGACUGGACACUUGUUCAAAGUACUAAUCGCAAUCUGUACCAGUAAAAUGCCUUCUCUAGUUUGUUUUUAGAAUCUCCCAAUUUAUAUUUGAUCAAAAAUCAGCAAUAGACCUUUGGGGGACCAUGUAAGUGUAAGUGUUAUUUGUAACUUUAACAUGCUGUUAGCCAUUUAACCUUGAAAUGCUGACCUACACUAUACUGUACAUGCUUGUGUUGGGUUGAUGUUUGCAAUAAUAUUUUAAUUGAUCAGUAUGCAUUUCAGUUUGAGGUUUGGGUUAGCAAGAGUUUAUUCUGCUAUUUAAAUAGGUGGUCUGUUUCAUUGGUUGGUAAAAUAAAUACCUAAUCCAUUAUGACACUAGGUGGGGAGGGGUUUAAGUAGCUGAGUUGUGUAUGCAGUGGUAUCACUUUUAUACAGCUAUUUAAAAUAGUUUCAUGCUUGUAGUUGGAAUUGCAAUCCAUGUUGUACAGGGUCAUCAUUGAACAGCCUUUAUUUAAUUUUGUGUUAGAAAGUUUGAAAUCAUAAGAAGAGUAUGCUGUAUGAGAAUGUAUAUGAAAUUAACAAAAAAAAAAUAAAACAGUAAAUAAAUUCCAUACCCAAGUCCAUGACUCCUUUGGUAAACUUUACACGUUCAAAUUACUUACAGUAUUCUCUUUUUACAUAAAGGGACAGCGGUGAUCAGAGAGGGGGGGUGUUAAUGCUAUAUGUACAGGUUGACAGCUCUCCAAAGCACAUGUAUUUGACUUCUAAAUAUUCUUUGAUUCUGUACUUAGACCCCUCUCUCCCAAUGUCAGAUUGCUUCACACCACCAAAAGGAGCUUCAGCAGCUGACAGCAACCCUUCAUUCACACCGGCAAAACCUGGCAAAAAAAAACAAAACAGAAAACAAACAAACACGGGCUGAAUGAUUUAUGCACAACUUUGUUUUACUUUUCCUCUCUUAGCCAGAGUGACCAGGAACUAUGAAGCACACAAGGGCCGGGACUGCAGUUAAUCUCUUUUUACACACUUCUCUAAACCAAGUCGCUUUCGUGGAUAGGGUACAGAUGACUAGCCUCUCCACCAGUGGCCAGGCUAAAUUGGGAAUCAAUUAUUAGGCAUGUAACAAUGAACUAGUGCCACGAUACGCAUUGCAAUAAGCAGGUAAUGUAUGUAUGCUACACAAUAUAAGAUCAAAAUGUAAUGAUGGACUAUUUAGUAAAAGGACAAAUUAAAUGAAAUAGGGAGUAUAUGUAUUCAUACAAACUUAUUUUUUCAUUCAGAAACCAUCUGGUGAACUGCAAUGAUCUAUGUUCUGAAUCUGGUCUUGUAUUACAAUACAAACGAAUAUACCUUUAUUACAAUAUGAUGCAUUGUGUAAAGAUAGUAUCAAAAUACAUUGUGAUGAAUCGUUAAACCCCUAUCAAUUAUCCAAUUUAAUUUUUUUAAUUUUUUUAUUUUUUUAUUGUUUCCACAGUGAAAAGGCCCUCAGCUGUUAAAUCUGACAGCAAAAUCAGGAGCUUUUACACACACCUACUGAGGCAGAAUUAGCUAUUGCAAGUGCUUCUUCCUGUGUUAAAUCUGUAGAUGUAAAACACGUACACUUUGGAGUGUUAACUAUGAAAACACUGCACAUUGGCAUUGCUUCACAUGACUGCAAAACUGGUUAGAAAAAAUUACGUUUUUAACUGAGAUGCAGAAAAGAGUGAAGUCCCCAUAUGAAUCCUAAUUCUGUUAUUUGAUGGCCAAACCAAUAGGUGUGUAAGUGGUUUCUAGAUGGAUAAUACUAUUUUUUAAAUAGGGUGUCACUACUCGGGGCGAGUUUAAGCACAUUAUGGAAUUGACACUGUUCCUCUUAUGCUGCACCGCAAAUAUCAUAAUUACAGUGUAAGACCGUUAAUAUUAUGUAUACAGAGGUUAAUAUUGUGUUUGUGAUCCUAUGAGAAAAGUGAAGGAAAAGGUUGUUUUAAAUUUGAACAACUUUAUUCAACAUCCUGUGCAAAACAAGUCUCAAGUUUUUCUCCCUUAGCUUCAAUAAAAAAUAAAAUAGUUUUGCAGGUGGAUUAUCGUAGCUAAAACAUAAAAGUAAUACAGUUUGCCAAGCACGUCAAGAAAAAAAUGGAAAAAGCAGAAGAAAAGUUAGGUAAAGCUACACAGGUUUAGCAGCAUAACUUUUAUUAAGGCUAUUUUCACUAUCAGUGCAGCAUCAUUAUAAUGAAAUCAUAAUGCUGCCUGAUAAAAGAUACAGUAACACAAUGUUUAUUGUCUUAUUUGUAGCUUUACUUAUUUUAAUUAUUGUGAAAUUAUUUCUGUAUUCUGAUCAUUGUUUUGGAGGAAACUCAGAAACACAAUAAGCUUUUCAGUUAUGUGCAUAAAUCUGUUUUUGUACAAACUUUAGAUGUGGAAUAUUGACUUUUUAGAACAUUGGAAGCUUACCUGUGCAGUGCCAUUUGAUGUGUAGACAUAAGUCCAAUAAAAGAUGUCUUUUUAAUAGUUUUACGAUACUUAUUUGGGCCCUGUGCCAAAAAAUAAAUAACUCUGCUCUUAAAUAACAGUCUGUAUUAGUAAAUGUUUGUGUUUUAAGCAAUAUGACCGAUCAUUUCCUAAUGUUUAAAAUCAACUAAACAAAGUACUUUUGUUCUGGUUUUGUUUAGUUUGUUUUGUACUUGCAGCAUCACAUUGUUUUGAACAAGUGAUUGAUCUUAAUAUUGAUCUUACCAACUACAGCAGUGUAAAAUAUAUUGGACAACUUUAGGGUGUUUAUUUAAAGUCUUAAAAUUCUGAUUGUCUAUAACAAAAACAUUAGUGUGAUUCCUAAAAUGAUAUUUUUGUGCAAUGUUUGUUAUUUCGUUUUCAGAGUAAUUUACAGUAUUUCUACACUUGUAGUAAGAUAACUGGCAGAAUUUAUACUGUGAUAAUAAAGUUACCAUAAUAUUGAUUUGACGGAUCAUACCAUGGACAUUUUAUACCACCCACCCCCUAGUCCCUAAUCCAAAGUUUCCCAAAAAAUGAUCUAAAGUAGAUUUUGGGAGGUAUUGUAUUUUUCUGCCUGCAACAGAGGGAUGCAGUUGACAACGCCACUCAGGCGUCCAGGUUUUAUUCAAAUAAACAGAAACAGGUCACCGCCACUAGGGAACCAGCAAUGAUAGCGCUAGUGCAGGAGGACAUACACAGACACAGUGUAAUCAAAAUAACAACUCAAAAAAUGCAAAAAAUGUACAAUGAGGAAAUAGCUAAAAACAGAAGUUUGCCAAACACUGGCUUAGCACUGCUCCCACUAAAAGGGAGGUCCCGCUCCGGAACCUACUCUGUGACACACUAAAAUAAAUUGGGAUCAAAAGCCCAUAAAUUAAUCCCUACACAACUCACUCAACCUGGCUCUCUACAAAGCAGUGAAGCUGCACACUUGCUGAAACUAGACCAACAGAACUGGCUUUCAAGCUCCUCUUUUAUACCAUGUGAUUGAUUGAUCAUCAAUUAGUCAAUUAGCUUCAGCCACAUUCCACACAUCACCCCAUCCAUGCCAAACUUAAAUUAAAAACUUUUCAACUUUAUUUACAACUGCAAAAACCUGCCAUAUCUAGUACACACUGGUGUUCAAAAUUUUAUUUAAACUAUACAUAUAAACAAUACAUUAUUUACACGUGCAGGGCUUUUGCCCUGCCACAGUCCCCAAUAAAGUUUUUAUAUUUUCAGAAACAAUAGCUAGUGUGCAGCCCCAGUUAUUAGGCAUGACAAUAGAUAAUAUCGUCAAACAGGAGUGUCAUUUCUCACUUGAGAACUGGCCCCAGGCGUCCAAACGUCUCCUCAGGAGUGCACAGCAUGUUUGUAGUAACAUUGGAGAGGAGAGUUGGCUCCAUAAAAGACCCUUUGAGACGCUUCCUUCCUUUUAGCACCAUGAGACAAAGCAUCUGCUAUCUGCUUCUCCAUCUAAUACAAAAGUGACAUUGUAUUAAACAGCGCUGAACAUCAGCACUUAACAAGACCUCCUGCCAAAGAACUGCAGUGUGGUGUGUGAAUGUGUGUCAGUUAUAUCACAGGAUAAAGGAAAAUACUCCAAACUGCUGGUAUAGCGUUAUACAGAUCAAUGUGUUGCAGGAAUGAGAGACAGUAGUUGUAACCAAUUGUGAUUGCUACAGUUCACACUGAUUCACCCAUCACUAUUGUACUCUGUUUAAGGCAGGCUCAUUUUAAUAUCCAAGUGUUGCUAUUUUGCAUUAACAUGACAUAUCUACAGCUUCAAAAUUAUCAGACAAAUCUUGAUUUGCUCCAAAUCAUUGGUUGAGGGAGUCAAACACAUCUCUCACUUUUGCAAAGAUAAACAAAAGUGUUUACAUGAUUAACAUAUUUCAUUAUUAUUCAGAAAAAUAUCUAAAUAUCUCACAUUGGUAAGCCAGUUUUCAUAUGCCUUUCGUUAAUCAUUCAUUCCUUGUAUUUGUUGCCUCGUGAAUGAGUCUCAACAUUACAGCACCAUGGAACCCGAAUAAUACAAGUCCUUUAAUCAGUUUAUGUUUAGAUUGACUGUCGUUCAAGUUGUUCUAGUAAUUAAAAUGAGUAGCGAACUAUUACAUAACAAGCCGUAUUUUCCACGUGGGCAAAUUACUAUGCGACAGAGACAGCGAGUGGGAGAAGUACAGGCGUGGAAAAGUACAGAGCAGUUUAGAAGCAGUAAG